CAUAGAAUUCCCAAUUUGAAUCCGUCACAUACAACAAAGGUUAAUAGGAAUUGAGGACGCCCAUUGUGAUCCCAUCCUUUUCAAAAUAGUGAAUGAUUUUCAAAACGUUAACGUUUAACCAUAAGAAAGUCGGCGCCGUCCAUAGUGGACUAUCCGCCCUGCCCCAAGUUAACUGUUGUCUUUCUGUGAUAAAGAAAAGUAAUUUGUGAUCUUAUCCAUAAAUCCGAUGAGUGGUAGCGGUAGAAAUGAGUUUCGCGAUAGAAAUAACCAAAAUUCGAAUGCAGGGGCGACGGGUCGUUCUAAGUCACCGAAACCGGUGGAGAGCAAAAAUCGAAAUGCCAACGUUGAUGCGCUGAGGAAUAUGCAGUUGGACGGGUUUCCUGGAGCUGUUAACAUAGCUGCGGAGCGAUUACAGGCAGAACGCCUAAAGGCUAUGAGGACUUUGGAGCUGGUAUCUGAUUUGGAGAAAUCUACACGCUGUAAAUUAGCUCGAAAAUCAGAUAUAACACCAGAUAAAGCUAGAACAGGUCUCAAUAAAACUGACUACGUUCCAUACAGCAAGAAGGAAUCAUUCAACAUUUCCGACUUAGUUGCUGACCACACAAUCGGCAUAAAAGACUUAACAUCCCCCCUUAAUAAAAUCUCAUUUGAACCAUCAGAGAUGACGGGUCGUUCAACAAUGUGCCUCCCGCAGGCAGUGGAACAUUCCCGACCGCAAAUGAAAAGUGUGAAAGAAAUCCUUGCACAAAGUGUCGUGGAAGACGUGCGGAGUUUGAGUGAAACACUUCCGAGCUCAAUCGACGACGCGAGCAUAGUGCGAACAGUCGAUAAUAUCCCCGAUUUGGAAUCGUCUUUGGCGAGUAGUUUCCGAUCAUCUUUGAGAGGAUGUAGAGUUAGCGAAACUAGCGACAUGUUUGGCGAAAGUUUCAAACCUGCUGAGUUUAUGAUGUCGAAAUUGGAUGCAGAUGAACGAUCAUGGGAGCAACAGUAUGCGGACAUUCCAGGUUCGUGCAAGAAGGACCUAUCUCCUGAAAUCGCAACGCCACAACGUAGACCAAAUGAUCGGGAUUUUUCAAUUGGCGGUUACUUCAAUAAACACUCCGAUAGUCUUCGAAGUAUCUUGUCGGACAUGCAUAGCCCUCCGAAAAGACCACCUAUUGCUUUAAGAGAUGAUUCAACGGCAAAUUUGGAAAAUCUUACUUCUACCAUGAGCUCCAAAAACAAUACAGAGAUGCAUACACAAAAUAUCGAUAGCAGAACCAACAGCAGAUAUGGAAAAUCAAACGAUACCAGAAACAAAUCUCAGUAUCUAAGCUUGUCGGCGAUCGAAAAAGCAUUAAAUGAGAUUGACCUAGAUGACUCAAUAAAUAUAAUCAAGAGCCGAUUUUCACUAGUGAAGAAAGAAUCGAGACCGGACAGGCCACCAGAAUCUAGUGCGGCUCAUAGAGCAAGCACAUCAUUUACGAGGGAAAACGAUUCAGCAGAGAAAGAAAAUCGUACUCCAAAUAGAGAUCGCACUCUGGAACAAACUAUCGAUGCCACAAGAUCAGUGCUAGAUUUUUCUGGGAAUAGUUUGAUGCCAGAUGGCUCAUUUACAAGAAAACUGCUUGAACAUCCCUCAAGCUGGAAAGUAUCAUCAUCAACUGAGCUAAUAACUCCAAUUCAACAACAAAAACGUAGAAAACGUUCACACUCUUCCACACGAAUCGAUUCAGAGGUUCCAUCAGAUCACGAAAUCCCAGCUAGGCGAUCACGCUCUCCUUCGAGUCACUUGGAACUCGCCGCUGCGUCCGGUUCUGCUGCUAAAUCAUCAACAACGCAAUCACGAUCCAUCGCAGACCUGACACCUCUAUCAACGCUUUCCACAAAUCACACAAUAACUGAGACAGAUCGGAAAUUUUUAAUGGAUGCCAAGUCUCCUGAUUAUGGCAAAUUUUCGCUCCCAAGCUAUGGACCAGUAACGGCAACAGGAUCAACUUUAUCGAAUUUAUGCGUUAAAUCUCGUUGCACUUCUCAAUGCUCCAGUACAAGUGAAUUUAGCCAUCGUGACGGGAAAAUCCCAUUGAAAGCAACUGCACUUGAAAUAUCUUGGGGGAGCGUACCACUGAGAAAAACUAUGCAGAAAUCACUGCAAAUAAAAAACACAUCGAAUAAGCGUUUGGUUAUGAAAGCUGAAGUCACGGGACCAGGAUUUCAACUUGCUUCGCCUUCGACGGAAUCUUCCAAUUUAGUAGUACUCCAUUCGCAGGAGUGCCGCACGGUAAAUUUAUGUUUCUGUCCUACUGUGAUUGGUGCUGCUGCAGGUCAGCUUGUUUUUUCGUCGCCAUAUAAAGAUGGGAACACCUCUCCGCACAUAAUAAAUUUGUAUGGAUAUGGUGGGCAUUCAAAUAUCAUCCCACGAGGAAUAUCAAAAGGGCCUAUCGGGUCGCCGUACCUUUGUAUAGGCGAACUUAAGCAACUCUCAGCUGCAUUGGAAGAGUCGUUUACGCUGUUUAAUAAGGGGCCCUUAACUGGAUUCGCAUGCGUCGUAAUUGAUUCGAUUGGUCUCGACUUGCCUCGUCUCUGUGACUGCAUAACCAUUUCUCCAAAAAAUGUACUCAUAAAACCUGAGAGCAGUGCUCCGAUUACAAUAACUUUCCGCCCACGUCGGGAGGAUAUCAAGAAAAUAUACAAAAGACUUGUUGUCAGAAACAAUGACGUCAUAACAUUAGCAAAUCUGAAACUAAUUUGCGGAGAAGAUGCAACACGUCGCCGAAUACGCAAUUUAAUCCAACAAAUGAACGACACCGAGAGAUCAAAAUUUGAAGGUUUGCCGCAAAUCUGGGCACCACUUCCUGGCGAAGAAUCUAUCAAACACUUUGAUGGCAUCAAGGAAAAAGCCGAUACAGCAUUUGAACUGCUAAGUACCCUGCGUUCCCACGAAAUUGCAAUCACUUUAAACCAUUCCAUGCUCGAAAACACUAUUCAGGAUACAUUGCUUUUCUCUGAAAAUGACGAGACUGUUAUGUUUCGCACAAUCGUUUCUGAUACAUCGUUUUGCGGUAGCACAAAUGAUCUAUCGCCAAACGUUCGUGAAAAUGAUACAUUGGAAAUGCAUCGUAAUAGUGUGGAAUCGUGGUCAGUUCGUCCAAAUAAGAUUGAAAUUGACCCGACAGACCGAGCAGUUGAUAAAGCCGUUUUCAGUAUUUGUAGUAAUUUUUUGAUAAGGAAAUCGUUUCGUGUUGAUUCGAAUUGUAAGCAUCUGUUGCAAUUUUCACCGAAUGAAGGGAAUAUUGCGCCUGGUGAGGAGGUUCAGGUGAAAGUUGGAAUGAAACUUGGGUUCUUAUCGACGGAACCAAUCCAAAUUUGGAUUUAUUUGGGUGAGGAUAAGAUAAACUUGCCAGUGAUAAUAAAAAAGGAUAAUUUCCCCGAACAUCUUAGAUAAGUCUCGUAUUAAAUAUUCCACUAUUGAAGGCAACUCGUAGAAAAUGUACUUAACUAUGCAUAAAACGGUCCUUAUUAUUUAUGGUUGCGCAUUAGAUAUUUUAAUUUCAAUAAAAAG